AUGGAAGGGACGAUGCCGAGCCAGCCUAUCGAGAACGGCGCGGUUAUGGACAGAGUUGAGCGACCAUGCAAGGAGUGCGCAUCGCUCAAUCUAAACAUUGAGAAGUUCGUGAUCGAAGACGAUAAGGCAGCAGAGAUUCGCCCGUCACUCGAUUCGUUGCGACUAGCCAACGAACGAUUUCGACUCGGAACUCUUGACAGCAUCACUGAGAGAGCAGAAACUUGCCCUCUCUGCCGUCUCGUAAUCAACUCAAUCGCAAAGGACGUCUUGAAGAAUGUCGAUGCUACUAAGGCAGUCUGCCAUCUGACGUGGGAGAUGGACGGCCGGUUGUCUGUCGACCCCAGACGCGCACUACGAGAGAGGCGAACCCGUCGACUGAGGGUUACAUGGAGUGAUGCGUUGCUCAAAGCCUUCGAGUCUUACUUGGUCUUAGCAGCACCGAUGAAGUACGCCAAUUCUGAUCUGGAUUAUCCCAAGCAGCUGAACAGGGAAACACAAUUCCUCGGGCGUCGCUUCGGUGCAACGGAGAACAAGAAGAACCUCAUCCGCGAGUUCUUACGUCUAUGCGAGAAUAACCACGAUCGUCGCUGUACCGAGCAGAUUGGCAUCGAGAACCCUUUCAUGGAAACGUUGAUGGAGCCCUAUUUCGGCGUCAUUGACAUCGAGAAUGACCGGCUUGUUCCCUUGCCAUUCGAGGGUACGAUGGAGCGCCUGGAAUUCGAGCCUUAUGCCGCUGUGAGCUAUGUUUGGGGCGACACAGGUAGGAUGGACUAUCGAACGAAGAUCAGUAACAUACAAAGUCGGCGGAAAUCUGGUGGUCUGGCUGCUACAAUUCGCAAGCUGCCAAAAGCGCUUGUGCAGAGCAUUCGGCUGGUCCAUGACUUGGGUAUAAGAUACGCUUGGAUUGAUGCGCUGUGUAUUGUGCAGGACAGCAGCCACUCGUGGAGCCUUAACUCGCGGGCCAUGCAUCUCAUAUACGGCAAUGCGACGCUGACGAUUUGCGCUGCGGACGGUGAUUCACGGACUGGUUUGCUGGCCCUUGACGAAGGUCAGCGUCCACAGCAGCAGAUUGGCGUUUAUGCUGAUGGCGUGCACUUAAUAUUGCAUCAGCCAUCUGAGAUCAGUAUCCAGACGUCAAAGUGGAACACGCGCGCUUGGACGUUCCAGGAACGAUUGCUUUCCAAACGUUGCUUGAUAUUUACCCGAGGUCAAAUUUACUUUCAGUGUCGCUCUACUGGUAUGUCGGAAGAUGUCUUCGCAGACGGAAAGGGCAGAGGCUGGUCGCUAGAUCUGGUACAAGCGCCUCUCCAAAUGCUCACGGAGCUCAAGAAACGUAGCAUGUGCCUGAAGCGCAUGAGAACGUCCACCGGUCAACUUCUGGAGAGAAUGGCCAACCGUGAAGCCCAUGAUAGUUACGGUCGGCGCUUAACAGGAGGCCCAUUAGAUGAAAUCCAGUUCAAAAGACGAUUAGACUUCGCUCUAACCUUACCCGAAGACCCCUAUCAUGUCAGGAUAACAGCAUCCAGUCAAUCCGCCGGUGAUCUCAAAGAGUUUCCAGACCAGUCCUUCUUACAAUUUUUCACUUGGCGGGCCUCUUUCCACAUAGUACGCUCAAGUGAGUCCAACGUCGAGGGAGACAACGUUGGAGCCGCGAGAGCUCGAUGCCACAUAACAGACCGACGGGGCGACAAAUGCGGAUCCGUUGUUGUCAACAAGACUUGGCUGGAGAAGUACGAAGCCACCGGUCAGACUACGUUCGAAUUCAUUGCGAUCUCAGACGCAAAAUCAUUCAGCCAACAGGAGUUCCCGGUGUGGACAUAUUAUCUGCCAAAAGAGAGGGUCGAUUCCGAAUGGGAUUUAUACUUUGUGCUCUUGGUUGAGCCAUUUCCCGAGGAAGGAAUUCAUCGGCGCGUGGCUCUUGGCAAAGUCUUCAAAGCGGCGUUUACCCUCUCGGACGAUGAGUGGAAGGAGAUUAUCCUGGGAUAG